AGUUCAUGGCUUCAUGUUGCGUCAAGACUCAUGGGAUGGGGCCCUCGGAGUCUUCCUUCCUUGCGUCGUGACAAAGUCAACCCUCCAUUUGCUCGGCCCGCUGGAUGUGUCUCGUGUCUGGUUAAAAGGCUCUCAGUCCUAGCACCUCUCGCAAGCCCCAUUCUAUCCUCACUCUCUGUAUCCCGACCACACAUCCCACAUACGUUCAUCUUGUCAGGGCCAAGAUCAUAGAGGUGCACUUUCGACUUGUUGAUCUCGCCCAUAGUACAUUCCCGACCUCGUCUCAUUCCCAUCUAGCAGUCAUGUCCGACACAAUCUGGAGCAGCGCCAUCCACACGAGCCCGCUCACCAACGCGAAGAAGAGGAACACUGCCCACCUGAACCUGGCCGGUAUCAAAGAUGUCCUGGCAUCUUGCAGCGAUGACACCUUGAAGAAGGCAACCGUAUCAUAUCUCACCAAGGAGAGAAUGCCAAGCAAAGGCACUGUUGAAGUCGUAUACACCAUCAACUGCUCGGGCCUACAUGACCCAAUCGCGCUGCACAUCAAUCGCUACGACACGAACGAGAGGGCACAGAAUGCUGCGAGGGGCUUCCUCAACAACCAACAAAGUUCCCACGCUAUUGCCAAGUCGUCCACAGCAAUUGGCGAUGUUUCAUUGCAAAGCACCUCGGGCUUGUACUGGGUUAGCAACGACGUCUAUGUCGAGUUACACACCGAGAUCAAGCUGCCUAAAGGUCAAGUCAUCCAAGCUAUCCCCGAAACCCUAGAUCACGGUCCGCAGACUGGGCAACUCCUCAAGGACAAGGGACCCGCCGAUCAGGUUGCUAUACCUACUGUAGCACCGCCUGCACAUCAGGCGCGGGACACGAUCCUGUUGCCCUUGGCAUUGAAGCUCCAAGAGCACCUGAACAAAGGUGCCGUUGACGCCGCCGCCGCGACGGCUCCCUUCCCGCUCAACUGUACCGAGAAAAAAGCGAUAUAUGGCAAGACAGUGCUAAUCCAGGUCGAUAUCACGCCUGACCAGAGGAUGAUGGUGGGGGAGGCUGAAGCAACGAGCAACCUGACUCUUCUCCUCCCCACGCACACGGUUCAUCCGACCGACCUACCCAACAACAAGGCCAAUUUUGUUUUUGUACGCUCGGUGGCACAGAACGGAAAAGGCUCCUUCUGCAUCUACGUUGCGGACAAGGAGACGUUGCAAAUCUUCCACAUAGACAAGACAGUUACCAAGAGCUCUUAGCCCGAGUCGUCAAACUACCAGCUUUGCGGAAACCGAUUUCUGGACAACUUUAGUGUCAUUUAGGUCACAUGGACUAGACCCCAGCUCAGGCAGGCAGGCACCUCGGGGGCUCGAGAUGACAAGGGACAGAUGGAUAGGGAUGUGACAUAGAAAAGGGACAGGACAGGAGAGAGCCUCAAGUGGAAUCAUUGAGCUGCAACAGG